AUGGGUGCCAAAGUACCACGCAACUUCCGUCUGCUUGAGGAGCUGGAGAAGGGAGAGAAGGGUCUCGGUGCUGAGGCAUGCUCCUAUGGGCUCGACAACGGUGACGAUCUUUUGAUGUCAGACUGGAACGGCACGAUCCUCGGCCCGCCCCACAGCGUUCACGAGAACCGCAUCUACAGUGUAUCGAUCCAUUGCGGCCCAAACUACCCGGACACGCCACCUGAGAUCAAGUUCACAUCCAAGAUCAAUCUGCCCUGCGUAAACGCACAGAAUGGAAAGGUUGACGCUUCCAAAUUGCCUUGUCUGGCGCAGUGGAAGAGGGACUUCACAAUGGAGACUAUCCUGAUAGAACUGCGCAGAUACAUGGCUCUGCCCCAGAACAAGAAGCUCCCUCAGCCGCCCGAGGGUUCGACGUUCUAG